AGGCGGCGAAGCUUACUUGUCAGUGAACCUAUCCCUCACGCGGGUGCAUAUCUGUACUGUAUUGUAGUAUUAUUAUAGCGCCUUAUCGUAGUGCGUGGAGGAAUAUAGUUCGGAUUGCCUACGAACCAAGCAAAGGAGGGGAGACAUGGCAACGACAACCUGUACACGUUUUACUGACGAAUAUCAGCUUUAUGAAGAGCUCGGAAAGGGAGCUUUCUCAGUUGUGCGGCGCUGUGUCAAGCUUUGCACGGGUCAAGAGUAUGCUGCCAAAAUAAUCAACACCAAAAAGCUCUCAGCAAGAGAUCACCAGAAGCUCGAACGUGAAGCCCGAAUCUGUCGUCUUCUCAAGCACCCCAACAUUGUUCGACUCCAUGACAGUAUAUCCGAGGAAGGCUUUCACUACCUCCUGUUUGACUUGGUCACUGGCGGUGAGCUGUUUGAAGACAUCGUAGCCAGAGAGUAUUACAGUGAAGCAGAUGCCAGUCAUUGCAUCCAGCAGAUCCUGGAGGCGGUGCUUCACUGCCACCAGAUGGGCGUGGUGCACCGAGAUCUGAAGCCAGAGAACCUGCUCCUGGCCAGCAAAUGCAAGAACGCAGCGGUGAAGUUGGCCGAUUUCGGUCUGGCCAUAGAAGUACAAGGGGAUCAGCAGGCCUGGUUUGGGUUUGCUGGUACACCAGGUUACCUUUCUCCCGAGGUGCUGAGGAAAGAAGCCUAUGGGAAACCCGUGGACAUUUGGGCUUGUGGGGUGAUCCUGUACAUCCUGCUGGUGGGUUACCCUCCCUUCUGGGAUGAGGACCAGCACAAACUCUACCAGCAGAUCAAAGCUGGAGCGUACGACUUUCCUUCUCCAGAGUGGGACACAGUCACCCCUGAAGCCAAGAACCUCAUUAACCAGAUGCUCACCAUAAACCCAACCAAGAGGAUCACGGCUCAGGAAGCCCUGAAACACCCGUGGGUCUGUCAACGCUCAACUGUGGCCUCCAUGAUGCAUAGACAAGAGACUGUGGAGUGUCUGAAGAAGUUCAACGCUCGGAGGAAACUCAAGGGCGCCAUUCUGACCACCAUGCUGGUGUCCCGAAACUUCUCAGUGGGCCGGCAGACCACGGCUCCGGCCACGGUGUCGGCGGCCGGCACUACCGCUGGCCUGGUGGAACAAGCAGCAAAGAGCCUGCUCAACAAGAAGGCUGAUGUCAAGAAACGGAAAUCCAGCUCCACCAUUCAGUACAUGCCACAGUCAAACAGCACGAAAAACAGCAUAGUCACCAGCCCCAAAGGGAACGUUCCCUCUCCUGCUCUGGAGCCUCAGACCACUGUCAUCCAUAACCCCGUGGAUGGGAUCAAGGAGUCCUCGGACAGCAGUAACGCCACCAUCGAGGAUGAGGACGUUAAAGGAAAAAGUGUAGACAGGAGUCCCCUUAAGGCCGCCUCGGAACCAGGUCAGGCUCCUGGCCCCGCCCCCGGCCCCGCCCCUGCCAGCCUUUCCUCCAAGCUGACGGAUGUCCUGGGCUGUGCACGCAGGAGCUCCGGACCUGUGGCCCCCCACGACAGCAAAGGAGGAGCCUCCUUAGUCCCCUCCCCUCCACACAGCCCUGCCACACAGGCACGCUCGACCUCUCUGGUGAACAGUGUGGGCCGCCCCCCGGCCCCGCCCCCCGGCCCCGCCCCUCGGCCCCACCCCUCGGCCCAACCCCGUCUCCCCUCACUGCAGCCCUGUCUGUCCGUCCAGACGCGCAAACAGGAGAUCAUUAAGAUCACGGAGCAGCUAAUUGAGGCUGUGAACAAUGGAGACUUUGAGGCGUACGCGAAGAUCUGCGACCCUGGCCUGACGUCCUUUGAGCCGGAGGCCCUGGGCAACCUGGUGGAGGGCAUGGACUUCCACCGCUUCUACUUCGAAAACCUGCUGUCUAAGAACAGCAAGCCCAUCCACACCACCAUCCUGAACCCGCACGUGCACCUGAUUGGCGAGGACGGCGCCUGCAUCGCCUACAUCCGCCUCACGCAGUUUGUGGACGGUCAGGGCCGCCCGCGCAGCAGCCAGUCAGAGGAGACCCGCGUGUGGCACCGCCGCGACUCCCGGUGGCAGAACGUCCACUUCCACUGCUCAGGCGCACCCGCCGCCCCGCUCCAGUGAAGGGCGGGAGUGCGGUGGGACAUGUUCUGAGGGCUCUUUGCGGAGGAGGAGGGGAGGAAGGUGGAGCAGAUGGUGGAGAGUUCCAGCGCUGGACAGCUCACCACCUCCCAGCCUUUACAGACCACGCCUGCGUGCCACACCCACCCACCCCGACCGGGCCGCUGUCCACCUCCACCCAGCCCCCAUCCGUCGCGCGACUCUGCUUCCACACCCUCGACCGUCACGCCGACAGUCAACAUAGCGUCAGCGGUACACAAAAAUUGAUCGUACAACUACCUAUUAGGACUUAUCAUCUCCCUGCCAAGAUUCGCCCGAGUGAGUGCAAAUAUCAGCCGUGGAGAGUGAGCACAGGCUCUAGAUAACUGACGUCUGAAGCCUCGCCCAGUGCUCUGGCCUGUGGGAAGUCUUCCGUCCCACAAUCCCCGUCCCCUCUCGUCUCUGCUCUCCACGCGUGUCUCCACUGGCCUUAAGCUCUGUGUGUCAAGGCACUUCUACCUAUAAUAGAUCAUAUUUUAAUGAAGUACUAUUGAUAAUCUUCUUUAUUAUUAUUAUAAUGAUAAUUAUUAUUAUCAUGGUUCUGCCACUUUAAGUAUUGCCGUUGUCCUAUUGAGACUGUAUGUUUAUUUAGUCAAACGAUUGAUGCCAGUUAUACAUUGAAACACGCGUUUUUGAGAAGCAUGGAUUUGUUUCCGGAUUCCUCUGUGGGGCUUUGGUUUGUUUAUUUGGGUACGAUGCAGUGGACUCUGGUUCUGCUGUGUGGGUUGAAGUGUGUGACUGGCCAUCGCUGUCAGCCUGACCCUCGAGGAGAACCUCGAGGAGAGGAGUCUCAGUCCUGUCACCAGCCCAAGCUCUCAGCCACCUACUGUGUGUGUGUGUGUGUGUGCGUGUGUGUGUGAGUGUGUGCAUGUGGGCGUGCAUGUGUGUGUGUGUGUGUGC